GCUGAAUUUUGCCAAUUUUGCAAUUACAUGAUGAAACCCUCUUACAACCAAAAUGCCACACAUGAUGAUGAUGAUGACAAUGAUGAGCCCGACGAAUGGGAUAAGCGAAUCAUAGCAACGGGCUGUCACGACGAGAAUCUCCUGCUUCAAUUGUGCCAUGCAGAUACUGGGGAUUGGAGAAUGUGUGCAAAAGAACUCGAAGCUUUUAGGAAAUGCUGGAACAAAAAUAAUAAUGAUGAAAGAACUUCUACUGUUGAUAAUUAAUAAUCACUUUAAUAUCAGUUUGAUUACAUGUUCCUGUUACAUAGAGAAGACUUCAUCGGUUUGUAAAUAGAAAACAUCUGCUUAAAACGCAUUUUAUGUAUAUAAAAACCUGUCUUCACUUUUCGCACCUUUCUGCCCUGUUUAUAUGAACCUUUAUACAAUAAUGGAUCUGAGCGAAGACAAGCAACGAACAGCAAUUACCAUAGAGCUGC